UUUGAAGGAGAACUGAUGGAAGCCAUCAAGCGUGACUUUGGUUCCUUUGCAAACUUCAAGGAGAAGCUGACAGCCGUAUCAGUUGGUGUUCAAGGGUCAGGCUGGGGAUGGCUUGGCUAUAACAAAGAGCAGGGGCGCCUACAAAUAGCAGCUUGUGCAAAUCAAGACCCUUUGCAAGGAACAACAG